AUGGACUAUGAAGAGGAUCUAAGGGACACUCUGCAUGGCGAUAUACUCGAUUCAUACAGAGAAUGCCUAGUGUGUGUCUCGGUACUCGCCGUUGUGUGCUCCUUUGUCCACAUUUAUACCGUGAAUAUCAGCCACGCCGUUGCCGAUUUUAUACUAGGUCUAGAGACCAAAGCAGGUGACCUACCGACGUCGAAGACUAGGUAG